CAGCGGGGCGGAGCUUCCGGCUGAGCGUCCUUCCAGCGGGGCCGAUUAUUGAAUAAUAAAAUACAUUUAAAAACAAUGGAUGAAGAACCUGAAAGAACUAAGCGAUGGGAAGGAGGCUAUGAAAGAACAUGGGAGAUUCUUAAAGAAGAUGAAUCUGGAUCACUUAAAGCUACAAUAGAAGACAUUCUAUUUAAGGCAAAGAGAAAAAGAGUAUUUGAGCACCAUGGACAAGUUCGACUUGGAAUGAUGCGUCACCUUUAUGUAGUAGUAGAUGGAUCAAGAACAAUGGAAGACCAAGAUUUAAAGCCUAAUAGACUGACAUGUACUUUAAAGUUGUUGGAAUACUUUGUAGAGGAAUAUUUUGAUCAAAAUCCUAUUAGUCAGAUUGGAAUAAUUGUAACUAAGAGUAAAAGAGCUGAAAAACUGACUGAACUCUCAGGAAACCCAAGAAAACAUAUAACGUCUUUGAAGAAAGCUGUGGAUAUAACCUGCCAUGGAGAGCCAUCUCUUUAUAAUUCCUUAAGCAUGGCUAUGCAAACUCUAAAACAUAUGCCCGGACAUACAAGUCGAGAAGUACUAAUCAUCUUCAGCAGCCUUACAACUUGUGAUCCAUCUAAUAUUUAUGAUCUAAUCAAGACCCUAAAGGCAGCUAAAAUUAGAGUAUCUGUUAUUGGAUUGUCUGCAGAGGUUCGAGUUUGCACUGUACUUGCUCGUGAAACUGGUGGCACAUACCAUGUUAUUUUAGAUGAAAGCCAUUACAAAGAAUUACUUACACAUCACGUUAGUCCUCCUCCUGCUAGCUCAAGUUCUGAAUGCUCGCUUAUUCGUAUGGGAUUUCCUCAGCACACCAUUGCUUCUUUAUCUGACCAGGAUGCAAAACCCUCUUUCAGCAUGGCGCAUUUGGAUGGCAAUACUGAGCCAGGGCUUACGUUAGGAGGCUAUUUCUGCCCACAGUGUCGGGCAAAGUACUGUGAGCUACCUGUUGAAUGUAAAAUCUGUGGUCUUACUUUGGUGUCUGCCCCCCACUUGGCACGGUCUUACCAUCAUUUGUUUCCUUUGGAUCCUUUUCAAGAAAUUCCCCUAGAAGAAUAUAAUGGAGAAAGAUUUUGUUAUGGAUGUCAGGGGGAAUUGAAAGACCAACAUGUUUAUGUUUGUGCUGUGUGCCAAAAUGUCUUCUGUGUGGACUGUGAUGUUUUUGUUCAUGAUUCUCUACACUGUUGCCCUGGCUGUAUUCAUAAGAUUCCAGCUCCUUCAGGUGUUUGAUUCCAGCAUGUAUACAUUGUGUUAAAAAGAAAUUUGCAACUGUGAAUAAAAUGACUUCUUUAGAAGAAGCUUCAUUUAAAACAUGAAAGGAGAAUCUGACUUAAGAAACUUUUUGCUAAGAAAAGGUAAUAUUUUAUUAAAUUUUAAAUUUGUGUUCUGUCACAGAAAGUGCCUGGAAUUCAGUAGUACUUCACUCGGUUAACUUUGUUUUCUAUUAUUUUGAGUUAUACUGUUUUCAAAGUCAUUAUGCAUUAUUAUGUGUAAAUUACUUAUAAUUAAAUUGAUGUGACAGUUUUAUUUGUUUUUAUAAUUAAAUACAGAAUCUUUAUGAUUUAUGUUAAUUCAUUAGUGUAAGAAGAAAAUUAAAUGUAAAUUCAGUAAGUCUAAAUGUAAAUUUAGUGUAAGAUGAAAAUAAUUUAUCAAUAGUUAUGAAAUUAGGCUGGGUGCUGUGGCUCACACCUAUAAUCCCAACACUUUGGGAGGCUGAGGUGGGCAGAUCACCUGAGGUCAGGAGUUUGAGACCAGCCUGGCCAACAUGGUGAAUCCUGUCUCUACCAGAAAUACAAAAAAAUUAGCCAGGCAUGGUGCUUCACACGUGUAGUCUUAGCUACUUGGGAGGCUGAGGCAGGAGAAUCACUUGAAUCCGGUAGGCGGAGGUUGCAGUGAGCUGAGAUCGUGCCACUGCACUCUAGCCUGGGUGACGGAGCAAGACUCCAUCUCAAAAAAAAAAAAAGUUAUGAAAUUAAUACCUAUGAAAUGAUAUACUGCUACAUCCACCAGAGGGGUCUUUUUAGGUUUAACCAAACAUUUGGAAUAUAUUUAUCAAGUUAGUACAUCUGAAAUUAUUUGUGGCAAUGACCAACAGAAGUCACUUUAGAGUAAACAUUCAAACUCAUAAGACUACCAUGGCCAUACUUGGUACCUACUUACUCAAAAGGAUAUUAAACAGAAAUAACAGCCUGCCAGCACAGCAUCAAUCAGUCCACAUUAGCAGUGGAAGUCCUUGUAGCAGUCCACUAGUACAAUUUAGGUGCAAGGAGAUCAGAUCCUCCACAGGCAUCAGGGAACCAGUAUAUCUUAACAAUUCCAUAAAACAGCUUCCAGGGUAUCCACAAGGGAUAUGUCAUUUUCAAGAGUCACCACAUUCAGGAAAGCCUAAAGCUUGAAAUCUCCCUUAGAUUAUUUAUAGUGCAUCCCAAUCCAGAUACAGGAACAGUUAACGAUUGAUUUUUACUAUGAACAAAGUUGCCUAAAAGCAUAGUUGAUACCAACCAUGGUCAUUAGUUACCAUGGUUAACAGAGCUCUAAAAGUUUGACAGAAGGUGAGAUUCAAACUCCCUCACUUUCAUAUGCUAAACCUUUUGCUUUACUCUGGGUCAUUAGAGAAACUUAGGUGAGAAUGUAUGAUGAAGUUUGUUUUAGGUUCAAUGCAGAUGUAUCAUUAUAGACAGAACUCUUUUCUGGUUAUAUCCAAUUAAGAGUAAAUCAGGCUUUCAUAGCAAAGGUACGUCUAUUUUAUAUAUAUAUAAACUUUAGGUACUCUAGAUUGAGUUUCACUAUGAAAUUUGUGAUUUUAUAACUAAGAAUUUUUAGUAAAAAACAUUUCCAGUAUCGCUUCUCGGCUUUUUGGCUAAGAUAAAGUGUAGUAUCUGUUCUUAUCAGUUUAGUCUGAUACGUCCUCUAUCUGAGGACAAUAUAUUAAAUGGAUUUUUGGAGCAGGGAGAUGGAAUAGGAGCUUGCUCCGUCCACUCCACGCAUCGACCUGGUAUUGCAAUACUUCCAGGAACGGUGCACCCCCUCCAGUAAAAGAAAAAAAAAAAAUUACCAGUAAAGACAAUGUAAUCCCACCCUGAAGAGUCUAUUUAAGGAGCCCAGGAAUAUGCGUUUUUAAUAAGCACACACACACACACACAUAUUAUAUGUAUAUAUAUAGUGACCAAAGUAACAGGAGUUUUUCUCAAAAGUCAUACUCCCAAGAACCUAGACCCGGUGGUUCUUUAUGUGGAACAAAUUUCAGCUAUAGGUAACCUGGUAACUGCUAUUUUCUCCCAUCUCCUCUGUCAACAGAGGUAUCAGUGGCUUGCAGGAGAUUCCUUUAAUACUCUCAGAGUAUUCUGUCUUCCCUUAUCUGGUUUAGAAGGAAGGCCUUCAGUAGUUACCUACUGAAAAUUUACUAGGACUCUAUUAGAGACUCACCUCUCGACCUGAUAAAAAGGGAUAUCCAGUGUCUGUUUUCAAAGCUUUAUCUCUUUCUACAAUUUUGAGUUUUACUUGCAUAUUUGGUAAGGUUAAGGCGAAAUUUUAGUUAUACUUAAGGAGCUCUUUUUUCACAAUUAUAGAGAAAAUUUUGGUCUGUUGAAGAUUGCAGAAAUAGAAAUGGUAAUAUAAGACAGCUCUGGCUUUUAAUUUUUUUCUUAAAACUCUACAGUAUAUUACAAUAGUGAAGGAAACUAUUAACAUGAGAGAUCUUUCUGAAUAGUAUGUCUUUCUGAGUUCCACUGUUCAGUUACAAAACUCCUUAAUGCUUAAAAUUCAUUAUGAAAAUUAGGUUUAUUUUAGAUACUUUCAAGUGUAUACAUUUUUAUUUCAUAAUUUUUAUUCUGUUAAUUUUUGUCUUUGAACUAAAGCAUUUAGUUCAUUUAUAUUUACUGUGUACAUUUUAUAUUUAAUAAAUAUAUUUAUUAUAUGUAUAAAAAGAU